AUGACGGCUGUAGAGAUAAUACUCUGCUUCCUCGCAAUUUCAAAUCUGAUGUUUCUUUUAAAUCUAGGACUUCCACAUUCACUCUUUGCAUUUGGAGUGAAAUAUUUCUAUACAGACCUCGGCUGUAAAUUUGGCCAGAUUUUUAUGAGGUCUUCCAGAGUGAUGGUUAUUAGCCAAACCUGUCUGCUCAGCUGUUUUCAGGGAGUGACCCUUGCAUCUACUAAUCCCAUGUGGGCUGGUCUAAAAAUCAAAAUGCAAAAAUAUAUCUUACUUAUUAUUAUGUUUCUCUGGUGUCUCAGUAUCACAUCAAGUAUAAGUUCGGCAUUAUAUCCAGUUGUUAGCAUUAAUGGGACUGAAUUAAAAUAUACUUUUAAUGCAGGCUACUGUCUUUCAGUUUAUCCUAGCAAAUAUCUGUUUGAACUAAUUGGAUUUAUCUCCUUUGCUAGAGAUGGAACAUUUGUGGUCCUUAUGGCCACGGCUAGCAUUUAUAUUUUGGUGGUUCUACUUAAACACAGAAACCAGAUGAAGGGGAAAAGGAGUUCAGACCACAGUCAAGAUACCACAGCAGAGCUACAAGCAGCAAAGAUGGUUGUUACUUUGGUUACAAUUUAUGUACUCCUUUUUGGGAUUGAGAAUACUAUUUAUUUUUAUCAAAUCUCUCUUGCCAAAGAGGCGAAUAGUGCCCUCAAUGACACAAGGUAUUACCUAUCUUUUUACUUUUCUACAGCUUUUCCAUUCAUAUUAAUCGCCUUUAACCAGAAAAUUAAAUAUAAAAUCAGAUGCACAUGA